AAAAGUUGAACGCUUAACAUAAGCCCACCCGUGCAUAAAUGCAUUGGUAAUGUUUUAAACUCCAAAAUAAAGUGGAAAAGAAUGGAAUUAGCUAGGGUUUAAGUAAAUAAACUCUCGGCUGAUGCUCUGCACCGUAUAAAAAGCUGAAAAAUAGAUAACUUAAUCAAGAUAGAGUGAAUAUUGCCAUUUAAUUAAACCGGGCAGACAUAUUUUAAAGGUAGGAUUAAACAGUUCAAUAUAGUUCAACAAAACUAAUACAUUGACGGAGAAAAGUGAAUAAAUGGAGUACGCUUAGAUACAACAGUAUAUGAAAAUACCUGUAUGUUUGUACAAGGCAAAUGAGGUGAUGUGAUAAGUAAUUUCUCAUUGAUCCCAAUAUGAUUCAUUCAACGAAAUAAGAGAUGAAAUAUUGUAAACUGCAUGGAUAUUAAUGGAUGGUAAAGUUAAACGGAAUGCGUUUUGGUGGACUUACUCGCUUCAUAAACGGAGAAAGAGUGAUGACAUGAGAUCUCCCCGUUACCAUAGCAAUAAUCAGUCUUCUAUUCGCAAUGCUCGGACGGAGCCUCCCAGUCCAAAUGUCCUGAGUCAACCAGAGUUCCCCGUCCACCAUGCAGAGUCAACCCCGCAGCUUAGCAUGGUUAGCCUGAGAAAGGCGAGCAAGGGCGACACGACAGAAAGCAUCGGCUCUUUGGAGUCGGAAUCCCCAUCAAGUAUGAGCAGAUCUCGGAACGAAAAAUUCCACAAAAUAUUUAAGAAAAUUCCCGAAGAAGAGACAGUAUGCCAUUAUUUUUCGUGUGCCUAUGUUGGAGAUAUCUUGCUCCAAGGUAAUCUUUACGUAUCCCAGAGAUAUUUAUGCUUCUACUCAAAACUUGUAGGAUAUGAGAAAAAGAUAGAGUUAGAAUUUGACAAUAUUGUGGAAGUUACCAGAGAAAGGACAGCAUUUAUAAUUCCCAACGCCAUUGGAAUAAUUACAAAAACCGAUAAGUAUGUAUUUGGAUCUUUUUUAUCUCGAGAAAAUGUGUUCAAGAAAAUAACUCGGACUUGGAAAAAGUCAACGGAUGGGACGCUAAGCAAUGGCGAUGACAUUUACAGUACAGAACAAUCGGAGACACCAUGCCCGACACCUAGUCCUAGCCUAGAUAAUAACAACAGCAUACCAAACCCAGAGGCGUCCCCUCAGAAAUCCCAACAGAGUAAUAGUCCCACUGAUCUCACUAGUAACUCGGAUGAGUCCAGUCUUAGCGAUGAAUACGAACGGACUGAACACAGUCCGUGUAACUGUGUGCGUCAGAGGAAAGGAGGAGUAUCGUCAGAGAAUAAGGCGAGCACCUGGCCCCGUAGUUUCAGAGAUAGUCAAAAUUCACUCAGGAAAUCCAGAGAAGAUAAUACAGGGUCAAAGACCGAAAACUCAAGCUUUGGGUUGCUUAAUUUCGUGCGGAGAUUAUUUGCAUUGAGGAAAACCAAUUUACUGCUGUUUAUAUGUAUCAUUAUGGUGAUCUUCCUGCUGGUGUCCAUGAUUGUAUUGUACUACAAGAUCUCACAGAUAGAGGGCGCUCUUGAUCAGCCAUUUAUUGGCCUGGGAACAAGGUCAUCUCAUAACCAUAACCUAUAUAGCCUAAAUCAGAAUAUUCAUGUUGCAAAUAUGGAUAGGGUUCACGCUAUACUACAAAACCAUUUAGCAGUACUUGAUCAAGUUAAAGAGUCGCUGAAGUCACUUCAGAUGUCGCCAUUAUUUAAAUCCUCCUGUUCAGAGAGCAACGAAUAACUCAAUAUUUAAAGUCUCUCGAGCAGAGUAUAAAAUAUAAUCAAAAAUCAUGAGUCAAUACUAUUGCAGUAAAUUGGAUAUAUUGGGGAUACCGAGCUCUACACAAAUUAUUUAAUCACUUAAUUUAAAAGUACAUGUUUUAUGAAAGCAGUUAUUUGAGCCCUGGUGGCGACAUUUAAUGUACCCUAAAUGGAUUUGCAGGAGAUAAACAAAAGAGUAGAUAAACUACGAAAUUAUUCACCUAUGGUGCCAUCGAAUCGUGCAACGAUUAGUUUAAAGGAACACAGACUUUAUGACAGUACGAGUCACACACUAUUAUCAGAUCAUAAAUGAUACCCAAUUUUCUCAGAGUCAGAUGCAACUUGGGAUUUUAGUAGUUUAUGUGAGUUAGGAGCUUAAGUUUGCACAUAGUACUGUUUCAAAUGACGGAAUUAACCAAGGAGAAUAAAUUGUUCAAAAGGAACAAAUAAGACAUGCUAACACUAAUGCCUAGCUUGAAUAGGUUUGAAUUAAUACAACCAUGACCAAGGUUCUAUUUUCUCAUGAAA